GAGAUGAAAGAAGCGUUCGCCUCGCAGGAUGUGGCUCGUCUUCAAAAAUUAGCUGAGACGAUGGAUCAAGAAGUCUUUUUACAUCAUCUGCAUCGAUGCAUUGAUAGCGGUUUAUGGAUACCAAACCCGAAUGAUGCUGAAGAGAAUGUGAAUAGUGAACAUGAUCAAGCUGUCGAAAGUGCUGAUUGA